CAACUAUCUCAAUGAUGAAACUGGGUUGCUAGUAGCUCGCACUGAACUACAACGACGCGCUGAAUACAUGCGAUAUGUAAACGAGCAACUCCGUGCCUGUGGUCAGCUCCGUGGGGACCACCCUCUCAUUCGGCUGAUCCAGCAUUGCCUGCACAACGGUCCUCACAAACGCCCGAGCAUUCGUGAGGUGCUUCGUCUGUUGGAAGAGGCCAGAGCUGGUGUUGGAGAUGAAGGGAGUGAGAGGAACAAACGUGAACUGGUACGAGCUCUUCAGACCCAGCCCAGGAACCAGAAUUUGGAGCGUGUUCUCCGAGACCUGGUGAUAGAGAAUGCAGAUCUCCAGUCCCGUGUGCAGGCUAAAGACAUGGAGUUAGUUGCAGCACAGCAGCAAUUGAGACGUAAUGAAGAACAUUGGCAAGCAACUGAGAGGGAGAAUCAGACACUCAGACAAUAGCUGACAAGAAAAGUAUGAUUUGGAUGACUGCCACUCUCUCUGAUUUCUGCAGGAGACAGAGCUGACAGGAAAUAAAGCAGAGCUGACGAGAAAGGAGGCAGAGAUGACGAGGGCAGAGGAGACUAUCAGGAGAGAGCAGCAGCAGAUUCAGGAGAUGAGACAGAGAGAGACUGAGUUAGUGCAGGCCACAGAUAGGGAGAUAGCUCUGCUUCAGCAUCAACUAGGGGAAAAGUCUUACACAUGUCAGGUCAAUGGACCUGGUCUAACAUCAGCCACAGUCAACCAACCAACACACGUCCUAGUCCAACUAACUGACUCUAGCGGUAGACCAUACUCACUUCCACUGAAUGUCACCGCACAACUUGAGCUCGUUUCAAAAGCCACACCCACAAAUCAACCUGAAGCCACACCCACUAGUCCACCCGUAGUGACUGUCACCGACAAAACGAUGCCCAGUAGUAGAUGGCCGUGGUCUAAAAAACCUCCCUCCCAAUACGAGGUGUCGUACACACCAGUCAGUCGAGGCCAACACAAACUCCACGUUGAAGUCAACGACAGAGAAAUCAAUGGCAGCCCCUUCACUGUGACCAUGUACCCUGACCCCAGACAACUAGGCCACCCAGUGAGGACUGUAACUGGAUUGAACCUUCCAUAUGGCAUUGCCUUCAACAGUAAUCAGGAGAUGAUUGUCAGUGAAUGGGGUGGUCAUAGAUUGUCUAUCUUUGACAUCAGAGGACAGAAAAUUCCAACAUUAGGAUCACGUGGUGACAGUCCAGAUCAGAUGAUACACCCUGCAGGCAUAGCAACUGAUGAUACGGACAAUAUUUAUGUGAGCAGUUGGCACAAGCUGCAGAAGUUCACUAGCAGUGGUGAACUGAUCAAAUGUAUUGGUCGGAGGGGCAGAAAGGAGGGGGAGUUUGAUGAUCCACGUGGAGUGACACUGUAUGACAAUCAAGUGUAUGUGUGUGAUUGCAAUAACCGUCGCAUUCAGGUGUUUGACCUCGACUUGAACUUUGUCCGAUCCAUUGGCUCACAUGGCAAAGGAAGAUGUGAGUUCAAUGCACCAGUUGAUGUCAAAUUUGACACUGCCGGGAACAUGUAUGUAGCUGAGUUUAGUAAUGGGAGAGUGCAAUUAAUGGACACCAGUGGCCAAUUCAUACGAGUAUUUGGUCAGGAAGGAGAGGGAAAACUGUGUGGGCCAUCAGGUCUUCAUAUUGCUUACAAGUAUGUGUAUGUGUCUGAUUACAGUGGUGAUUGUAUUGUAGUGUAUGAGACCUCAGGUCAGUUUGUCACCUCAUUUGGAAGGCGUGGUCAGAAAGAGAGAGAGUUUCGUGGUCCAUACUGUAUCACCUCUUGUGUUGAUGGUUUUAUGCAUGUAUGUGACUUUGGUAACUGCAGAGUUCAGAUAUUCUAGAACACCCAAUGCUACUGUAACCAUACAUUUUAUCAUAACAGUCGAUCUCUAGACCACCCCCUUUUCCAACCACUUGUUACUCUCCUUAACACGUCUUCAGACACAUUAUUUAACAACAAUGCCUUAUUAUCCCAUGUUUCAUGUAAUUGUAUCCACUAUUGUCUCUGAAGCAUAAUAGGCGUCUAAAAAUUGUGUGCUUCAGUGUUAAAUAAUAAUAUUGUACUUCAUGUUUGUAACAAUGUGUUAAUGGUGCAGUUCUCUGUAGACUAUUGUGCUGAUGUGACAGUUGAAUCACAUAAUAAUUUUAAUCAUUUCGUUAAUUAGCAUGUUUUGUAGUCCGUCUCUUGUUAUCAUUUGUAAUAACUCAUGUAUUAUACUAUUCGUGUUAAUUAGUGUUGUAGUAAGCACUCAUAUAAUACUGUCUUUCAUAAA